AUGCACUUUCUCGCUCUACUUCCUCUUCUAGCUCUACCCUGGGUGUCUGCUUCCCCUGUUCAGCACACCAAGAGGUACUCCGGAGUCAAGAUUCAAUCUUAUCGAAACAGGAAAUGUUUAUCUCCCAUUGGUACAGCUGGAGAUGGUAUGCAGGUGACUACAGUUGCCUGUGCCCAAGCCAAGACUUGGGACAUCAACCCAGGGAGUGGGAGUGUUCUGUUGCAUGAAAACAACAAGUUCGCUCUGGACGCUGGGACAGGGAGAGACAACAAUGAAAUAGUGAAGCUUUGGACGUCAUACCCGACUUUGUUUCAACAAACCUGGUAUCUCACCGGAGACAAACGGAUUGCAAUCACCGGUGGAGACCAAUGUCUUGAUGAAGGAGAUACCGGUUCUCAGACUUGGAGAUGCACAACAGGUAACACUAAUCAGAUCUGGUUCGUCGUGGGAGGAGGCGACACGUCUACUCCUAGCAGCACUCCGGCCGCUGCAUCGUCAUCUGUUCAGCCGAGUGCGACAUCAUCUACCGCGUCCACCCCUUCACAAAGCAGUGGAGGUGGUGGAAUAUUCAAAGAUCCUUCGAAUACUUCCCGAAGAAUCCAUCCAAAUAACCACAACGACCUAUGUGUAACUGCCGGAAACGGUGUGAUCUCUGUUGGUUCCUCUGUCAACAUCGCUAAUUGCUAUGCUACCGAUAAUGCGGUUUCGAAGUCACAAUUGUGGAACAUUGCUGCGGGAUCAACAGCAAAUUACAUCCGAUCCGCUUCUGAUCAGAACUUCUGCCUCGAUAUCGGUGGUAAUCCAGGCUCCGGUUCACAUGUUUAUGUUUCCAACUGUUCAAGCAGCGCCAAUUCUGGCACCAAGUUCAGCUACAUGGCGGAUAAGAUUCAAGUCGAUGGAAAGAAUCUCUGCCUUGAUCUUGAACUCAACUCUGGUCGAACUGCCGGAUCUCCAAUUGACUACCAAGGAGAUCUACAAGUAUGGGAGUGUUUCGCGGGGAACACUCAGCAAAUCUUCACUUUGUACCCUCUUUAG